UGUUUCUCCUCUUCUUCUAUCUCACCUGAACCGCAGGGUCGGCCUUUAUAAUUCUCAUUUGUCACUAAUAGUCUCUGCAUACAAGACACAAUCAACAAGUCGAGAACCCAGCAGGUCGUUGCGCGUAUCAGCCCCCGACUUGGCCACAGUUCACCUGCAUGAUUCCAUCUAUGAUCGGCUGAAAAUUUUCAGUUUCGCAUUAGUUCAUCAUGGCUACCAAACCUCCUCUAUCGCCUCCGGUAAAUGAGACGGAGCAUUCCGUCAGUCGAAUUACUCGUGAGGGGAAGAAGCUUACGUACAAUUUGAGAGUAAUGCAACAACCCGAGCGGGCCAGAGCAUGCGGCGCCGGCGCCAAAUCUUCUGCUGACCGUCGACCGGUUGACCCUCCGCCUGUUGUUGAAUUGCGUAUCUUUGAAUCCGAUCCCGGCGACGACAGUAAUCUCACGGAAAUCACUUUCGCUUAUAACGCCAAUUUCUUUCUUUAUGCUACAUUAGACACCGCGCGUCCAAUAGCACAAGGAAGACUUGCUUCGACACCAACAUUUCCAGUACUUACGGGCGUGCCCGUGGCAGGUGUGGCAUAUUUGGACCGUCCGUUUCCGGCUGGAUAUUUCAUCUUCCCCGAUCUAUCCGUGCGUCAUGAAGGACUGUACCGUCUGAAUUUCCAUCUUUACGAGGAGACCAAGGAGAGCAAGGAUGCAGACGAAGGAACGGCGAUUCAGUCACCAAUGCACAGAACGAACCUUUCCAAACCGACAAUCCCAAAGUCAUUCCUGGAAUUUCGCCUCGAAGUCGUCUCGAUCCCAUUUACUGUCUACAGCGCCAAGAAAUUUCCAGGUUUGACGCAAAGCACACACCUGAGUCGUAUCAUUGCGGAGCAAGGCUGCCGUGUACGUAUUCGGCGCGAUGUCCGCAUGAGACGUCGUGGAGAAAAGCGGUCCGAUGACUACGAUUAUGAGGAGGACAGGAUGCUCAGCAGCCGGCUCGAACGCCAUUCUACCGCGGACACUUGUCCGAACCCAGCCGAACGCCCCCGGUCGACCAGCAUCGGCACUGUCGAUCAUUGCUCCGGUCCAGAGGCCUCACGCCGUGCGUCCGCGACGGAAUAUGGCUUUCAGAAUGUGUUGCCUUAUCAGCGUCCGGUCCCUCAUGCUCCGGCACCACCCGCAGCUUCGAUCCCCUCGCCUAUUGCCUCGGCUGCUCCCUCGUCUCACAAUGCUUCGUAUCAAUCGCACCUGUCCUUCGGUUCGACGCAGACUCAGUAUUCCGCCCCUCAGUUGCCCAGGUUACCGCCAUCUGGAUCAACGUCAAUCGCGGCUUUUCCACCUCACGCAACGCACUCGCACUCCAGAAACUCGUCGGCUAGCUCCGAGCACAGUGACCCGAAGCCCUUCAGGUUACCACCUAUGCGUGUCAACCCACCAACGCCGAACCCAUCACCCACCGACUUGCGUUCGUCCGAUCCUCCCAUGUACCCAACAGCAGCUCAGCCUGCAGCAGCUAUGCCCCAACCCCGCAACAACAUACUUCCACCGAUUAGUUCGUUAUCGAGUGAAUUCCCCAUCGAUAUCCCUCAACCGCGCAAUACAGCUGCUCUUACUCCUGGCCCUGAAGCAAACCAGGGCAGAAGACUUUAUUAUGACACGAACUCGGGAACAACCUUCACCAAACGAACACAUGAAGAAUCCUUCGGCAUAGCCGAGCGUCCAUUGUAUAAUGGCAUGCGACCCAAUUCAGACACAUAUUCUCAGGGGGACAGAAGGCUUUCAGAUGCCAGUCGAGAAGCAUCCUACAGCCCGUCCCGGAACGAAUUGGCGUAUAAGCGAGCCAACGGCAGGAUGGUUACAAAAAUCUCUCCAGCUAUGCGAUGACAUGGACGAAACGCUCAGCAUUCUACUUUUUGUUCUCUGCCGAAUCUGGGACACUUUUCGCAAUAGGACGGCGUCUUGGCGAACUGGCCUGUCGGAAUGAGUUUAUAAUAUUUUACUUUCCUUCAUUGAUGAUAUUGGGAAAGCCUGAAAAGAGGAGGCUUCGAGGGGCUUUCUUCUUAUCUCAUUUCAUU